UGCACAGUACACCAUGGCACUGAACAUUCCAGAAGAUGUGACGUAGGGAUUUAGAGCGGGCUUUCCCCGUCACGUGACCCUAUAGCCUUCACUUUUCUCACGUCAUCCUUUUCUCCGAAAAUGAAAGAAACUGAUGCGGUCCUGUUUUAAAUCUCGCUUUGAAUCCCAAAUGCACCACACAUUACAGAUUUUUUUUUUUUUUUUUAAUAAAAGCUUUACCUUCCGCACGAAUGCAGAAUGGAAACAGAAAGACACUGAGUAAGACACGGAAAGUGAAUCCUAACUGAGUGGGCGGGGCGUGUUGUCAUUCAGCUCUCACAUGCUUAUUUCCCAUUGGUUAUUCUGUAAAUAAGGGGCGUGGCUGUGGUCCUGUUUCUGCUGAUAACUUGCAGUCAGCUGAAAAGGAUGUUCAGUUGGGAUUUCUUCUGAGUAAAAGAAUACUGAGGACAGAAAAGACAUCAUUUACUCAAAAGAUCAUUAAUUGGGGAAUACAAUGGACCUCACUAUCAAAGACCUAAGUGGAAAACAGCAGCGUGUGAAUGUGUUGCCAAGUUCCACCAUUGGUGAACUCAAGCAACGCAUUGCUCCUCACUUUCAGGCAAGAGCCUCACGCCUGAAGCUUUCAGCCAGCAGCGGUCAGAUCCUGGACCAUGACCAGAAGACCGUGAGCGAUUACGGUCUGAGUUCAGGAUCCACAGUGAUGCUGCUGGUCUCCAUGACUCCCGUGCCCUUUCAGGUGUUCGUGAAGAAUGAGAAGGGCCAGAUAAAAACAUACGACGUCACUGACGACGAGACCGUCGAUCAGUUGAUGACAAAGGUCCGCCAGAAAGAAGGUGUACCAGUGGACCAGCAGCGGCUGAUCUAUAACGGCCAACAGCUGGAGUGUGGCAGGAAGCUGCAGGAUUACAACAUUGUUUCGGAAAGCACCAUUUACAUGACCCUCCGUCUGCGUGGAGGCUGAUGGGAAAAAUACAUGGAGAUCAUUUUCUCCAAUUUAACCACCAUUUUGACAAAAUAAUAGCAUCUGGAUUCCUAUUUUCUUCUCUUUCUUGACGCACUUUUGAGCACACAUUUAGAAACUCUCCAAUAGUGGUAGGGUUGUCAUAUUUAUUUAUUUAUUUAUUGUUUUUUAUUUAUUAAUUUUUUUAUUACAUAACAACACAUGUAUAACCAUCUUUAAAAUUAUAAUUAUGUCCCUUUUUGUUUAGUACCAAGACCAAAACAUGCUUUUGGAGUAUUCAUUCAGGGUUUAAAUGUUUUAAGAUUUAAAAGAUAAUAAUGUUUAGAAGCACGUUAAAAUCUCUUUUAUUUUUAAUUUGAAUCUCUGUCUGAAUUGGUCCACUGUUCUUAUUUAGCUUCUGUAUAUGUAUUGUCAUUUGUCUAAAUACUGCUUACAUUAUUAUUAUUUUUAUUAUUAUUAUUAUUAUUUAUUAUUAUUAUUAUUAUACUUUGACCUAUAAUCUAUCAGUAAUAGAAAGCGUAUUUAAUGGUAGUUUGUAACUCGAGUGUGUAAUCACUGUAAUGUGCUCUAGUCUGUUGUUCAUAUGCUGUGUGUCAAUAGUGAAUUUAUUUUUGGUGUUUAAUUUGCUCUUCAGUCAUUCCAGUGUCACCUGUUUAUUCUAUCUAUCUAUUCUGUGAAUAUAACAUUUUGCAUAUUAAAAUGAAACUGAAAUCAUUACUGCUGUUACUUCCUGGCAAACUGCUUUAAUAAAUUAUCCCUUUGGAUCAACACUCUUACUUGUAUAGCCUAUUUAUUUUCUUACUGAUCAAUCCAAAUAAAUAAAAUGAUAGUACUCCUAUUUGAAAUGAA